GCUCUUGUAAAAUGAUUUAUUGAAAUAAAUUAUUAGAUUGAAUAAUAGUAAUUGAAUAUAAGAAUAUUUUCAUAUAUAUAUAUAUAUAUAUAUAUAUAUAUAUAUAUAUAUAUAUAUAUAUAUCGAAAAAAUGUUGUCUCUCUCGAAAUCCACGGAGACUUCUCCGGCGUCUCCGGCUAAGGCUUCCGGUACUCGUUCCAAACUGUUCUCCGAUCUCUUCAAGACGGAUGGUGCCGUCAUCAAGGACCGGCCACCGGAGAAAACGAGUUUCAAAGGUUGUCCAUCUAUCUCUUUCUCUAAGGAAGAUGUAGAGUUUUUCUCCCGUCGGUUCAGAUUUGCCCUCAUCGGCAGAUUCAGACAUCGCCCUCCACUUUCAGUCGUGAGGAACUUUCUUACCCGGCUAGGGCUCGUUGGGGGCUUUACGGUUGGAGAACUCAACUCUAACGCUGUUCUUAUUAACUUUGAGCAAGAUGAAGAUUAUCAACGUUUCUUCCUCCGGAAAACUUGGACGCUUGGAAGGGACAUCAUGACAGUGACUAAAUGGUCUCCAAAUUUACGUCCGGAGGAGGACUCCCCGAUUGUUCCGGUCUGGAUUACUAUUCCUAACCUUCUUAUUCAUCUGCACGACCAGAAGGCCCUUUUCUGUAUUACCUCCGCAUUGGGUAAACCCUUGAAAGUUGAUAAUGCCACCCUUAACUUUGCUAGACCUAAAGCGGCUAGGGUUUGCAUUGAAGUGGACGUUUCCCAGACACUCCAUCAGCGUAUGCAUGUUAAGCAUGUUGAGGAAGACCUUUUCUUUCAGGUUAUUUAUGAAGAUCCUCCAUUUUUUUGCUCUUCUUGUCAUAGGUUGGGUCAUUCUUCCCUUUCAUGUUUACCGGAAAAGCUGCCGGAAAAGUUGCCGGUAGCGGAGUCCGUUCCUCCCAUGAAGGAUAAGGGCAAGGAGAUGUUGGAUGCUUGGACUACUGUUCAACUGAGAGAUACUCUUAACAAUUUCACCUUCACCAUUAGUGGCAUUUAUGGGAGUCAUACAACUGCUGAAAGGAAAUUACUUUGGGCUCUUAUUGAAUCAUUUAAUACUAAUUCACAUCUUCCAUGGUGCCUUGGUGGGGACUUCAAUUCCAUUUCAGACCUUCUUCAUCAUAAAGGGGCUAAGUUACCUGAUCUUGAAGCCAUUGAUGACUUCAACAGUUGCAUCACAAACUGCAAUCUUCUUGAAUGCAAUUUCAGUGGUUCAGCUUUUACAUGGCAUGGGGUACGUAGCACUGGUAAUAUUUGGAGGCGUCUUGAUAGAGUUUUGUUUAAUACUGGCUGGGCAGAUCAUUGGGACAUCUUGUCUAUGCAAUACCUUGCUAAAGGGGGUAGUGAUCAUUGUCCUAUUCUCUUCAGCUCCAAGCUUGGUGAUACGGUUAGCUCUAAGUCUUUUAAAUUUCAGAACAUGUGGCUUUUAAGGAGUGAUUUUUUACAGUUUUGCAAAGACAGUUGGGAGGAGGUACCUGUCUUUGGAGGAAUGCAUUGUCUGUUCAAAAAACUUCAUCAUCUUAAAGCCAAACUCUCAGCUUGGAACAAGGAUCAAUUUGGCAAUAUUUUUGAGAUGGUCAAAGAGGCAGAGGAGGAGGCAUCCAAAGCUGAGAUUCUUUUUGAAGAGAAUCCCUCCUCUAAAAAUAAAACUCUUUAUAACCAGAAGAUGGCUCAGCUUGUAGAGAUGACCAAUAGGGAAUAUGCUUUUUGGAAACAGAAGUGUAAUCUUAAAUGGCUUCAAGAUGGUGAUGCUAAUACCAAAUUUUUUCACAAUCUGGUUAAGAAUAGAAGAAGACAGCAACAGAUUAAUCUGCUUAUUAAUGAUCAAGGAAAAAUCAUUGAUAAACCUGAUGAAUUAGAGGCUCUUGCUGUUCAACAUUACACCAAUCUCUUGAAUCAAGCAGAACCUUCUGGUUCUCUAGAACUCUAUGGGCAGUUUCUUGAUGUCAUUCCUUCUUUGAUUGACCAGGGGCAUAAUGAUUUUCUUAUGAGCCUUCCUACUGAAGAAGAGAUCAAACAGAUCAUUUGGCAGAUGGAUCCUAAUUCAGCAGCUGGCCCAGAUGGUUUCAACAUUACUUUUUUCAGAAGUUGCUGGGAUUUCAUUAAAUCUGAUGUGGUAUCUGCCUGCCAAGAGGUCUUUCUUGGCCUUCCUCUACCACAAGCAGCAGCCUCCUCAAACAUUUGUCUUCUUCCUAAGGCUCAGUANAACUUGAUAGUGAAGCUUGAUAUGGCUAAAGCCUUUGACAAACUUAAAUGGUCAUAUCUUUUUGAUAUUCUUAGAGGAGUUAAACAGGGUGAUCCCCUAUCUCCCCUCUUGUUUAUUAUUGCUAAUGAAGGGUUUUCUAGAAAUCUCAAUAGAUUGGUUGAAAAUGGGCUCAUUGGCAGGUCUGUCCUUAAUCUCAAAAAAUUUCUCCAUGACUACCAGAUGGUCUCUGGGCAGAUCAUUAAUUAUGGCAAAAGCAGCUUCAUGACUGGCACAAAACUCAACUCACUAGCUAUCACCAAGCUUGAGAGAUUAUUGUUGAUGCCUCACAAGUCCUUUCCUUUUACUUAUCUUGGGGUGCCUAUUAAUUUGGGGAUUACUAGGAAGAUUCACUGCUCCAAACUCAUCCAGUCAUUUGAUAAUAAAUUAAAUGGCUGGCUUCAGAAGAAUUUGGAUCAAGCUGGACGUUUGGUGCUCAUCAAGCAUGUUUUGAACACUCUUCCUAACUAUUUCUUGGCAGUCAAUACCAUUCCCAAGGCCAUCUCACAUUUGCUUGAGCAGAAAAUGGCCAGAUUCUGGUGGGGUGGUGGUAACAGACAUCACUGGAUUAGUUGGGAGAAGCUCUGUUUCCCUAAGGAAGAGGGGGGUCUUGGCAUUAGAGAUCUCAAAAGCUUGGAGGACUCAUUCAGCCUUAAACUUUGGUGGAAAUUCCACCAAGACAAUGGUCUUUGGGCUAGGCUAAUGAGGUCCAAGCCUUCUUCUCCCAUUGUGGCCUCUUUCAAAUAUCUUUGGAUGAAACCACAGAAUCCUAAGAUUGAGGAAGUUUGGAAACAUUUUUCUGCCUGCCUUGGUUUCUUGCACAGAUUCUCCUCCUCCAUCAAUCAACAUUUCAUGGAUUGGUGGCUGAGAGGAAAUUGCAACAACAUCUAUGGAUUUCUUCGUAUGCAUCUCCCGGGUAUCAUUUAUUGGCAUAUCUGGAAGGAAAUUAAUGCUAUCAUUCAUGAAGGUAAAACUGAUUUCUCCUCAAGAACUCUCAUUGAUUCCAUAUCUAUGUUUGUGAGGCAAUGGUUGGCUGCUAAAAUUCCCAAAAAGCUUAAGGGUGCAGAUGCUUGGCUCAAUGAGAAGAAGUUACUGCAUUUCUUCCCUAAGGCCCAUAAAAUUCGAGUUGUUAAGUGGUUAGCUCCUCCUAAGGGGCGCCUCAAGCUUAACAUUGAUGCAUCCUUCACCUCUGGGUCCAAACGUGGUGCAGCGAUUCUUCGAGAUGAUGAGGGCAGAUUUGUGCGUGCGUCUUCCUUUUCAGUCUCUGGUUCAUCCCCCUACCAAGCCGAACUAGACGCCUCCAUCAAAGUGUUGUGUGGUGAGCUUGGCGUCAUCUCACUGAAGCAUGUCAUCUCACCGUAAGGUAUCAUCUCACUGGAGUCAAUUCCUAUAUAUACUAGCACUUUGACCCGUGCCAUGCACGGGGUUGAACAAAAUCUUUUUCGAUUCUAACAUUUUUUCAAUACAAUAUUUUUUUGAAAUAAAGAUAAUAUAUUUCUCACAAAUUUUUAAUAACAUAGAAAAAAGACAAAGUACUUAACAUAGUUUCUUUUAAUACUAAAUUUGUAACACCCUA